AUGAGUGACUUCAGCAUCGAGUAUAUUUUGAACCGAGCCGGCGACAGAUACUUGGGCACCAACGCCUCUGUGGGUGUCCUGCAGCGCCUGCGUGCCAGCCUGCCCUUCCAUCCGUACGCCCAACCAUCGUAUUCCCCCAAGGAGCCCCAGGGAUCUCCUCCUUCUGCGGCCGAGGGCCAGAUUCCUGUCUACGACUGGCUGCAGUACACCCGCUAUCAUCCGCCCAAGCUGCCGAGGGCCCUGCGCCAAGGUGGACCCGCCAAAAGGACUCCCGGUCGCCUGCCCCGCAUCCCCUUCACCCCGCAGCAGCUCCAGGCCUUGGAGGCAGCCUACAAGGAGUCCAACUACCUGAGCGCCGAGGACGCCAACAAACUGGCCGAAUCUCUGGAGCUGACCAACACGCGGGUCAAGAUCUGGUUCCAGAAUCGAAGGGCCCGCGAGCGACGGGAGAAGCGCGAAAAGGACGAGAGCUGCGACUCCACCUUCUCGUCGAAUGCCUCCAGUCCGGAACCGGAAAUGAUCAUUGUGGCUUAA